CGCAAGUAACCUUCGUUAAAAUCUCCGUAAAAGCAGAGGGGCAGUGCAAAGCAUAUAUAAAAAAUCGAGAUAAAGAGGGAGAGAGAGAGAUAUUGGAGGAGAAAGUUUUAAGGAUCAAAACCAGAUCAGAUUUCUUGUUAAUGGAUUCUUUUGGUUGAACAGUCCGAAACCCAUUUCCAGAAAAAAAAGAAUCAAGAAAACACCGAGUGGGGUUUUCUUGGUUUUGAUUUGUAUACUUGGAUUUGCAAGGAAAAGAUUUUUGGUUGAGGUUCAAUGGAGGGUGAGAAAAGAUACAUUAGUGCGGAAGAGCUGAAAGAGCAUAACAAAUCUGGGGAUUUGUGGAUCUCAAUCCAGGGCAAGGUUUACGAUGUUUCAGAGUGGGCAAAGGAGCAUCCCGGCGGGGAAAUCCCGCUUUUGAAUCUGGCCGGCCAAGAUGUUACCGAUGCGUUUCUGGCGUAUCACCCUGGAACGGCUUGGCAGUAUCUUGACAAGUUGUUCACUGGGUAUCAUCUCAAAAAUUUCGAGGUGUCGGAGGUAUCCAAGGAUUAUAGGAGGCUGGUCUCGGAGUUUGCCAAAGCCGGUAUGUUUGAAAAGAAAGGACAUGUAGCCCUUUUUUCACUUACAGCUGUAGCUCUAUUGUUUCUUGUUGUUCUUUAUGGUGUUUUGAGAUGUGAUAGCGUGUGGGCACAUCUUGGGUCGGCCAUCUUGUUGGGCUUGCUUUGGAUGCAAAGCGCAUACGUUGGUCACGAUUCAGGUCAUUACCAGGUAAUGACUAGCCGCGGUUACAACAAGCUCGCUCAGAUUUUAUCUGGGAAUUGUUUAACCGGGAUCAGCAUUGCCUGGUGGAAAUGGACUCACAAUGCUCACCACAUUGCCUGCAACAGCCUCGACCACGAUCCCGAUCUCCAGCACAUUCCUGUUUUUGCCGUCUCCUCACACUUUUUCACUUCCUUAACCUCUAGCUUUUAUGGAAGGACAUUAAAUUUCGAUCCUUUAGCAAGGUUUCUCGUCAGUUACCAGCACUGGACAUAUUACCCUGUCAUGAUUGUGGCAAGGGUCAACCUAUUUGUCCAAACAUUCUUGCUCUUGUUUUCAAACCGUAGUGUACCAGAUAGAGGUUUUAACAUAAUGGGAAUCCUUGUGUUUUGGACAUGGUUCCCCCUCCUGGUUUCAUGUCUUCCCAAUUGGCCAGAGAGGAUCAUGUUUGUUCUUGCCAGCUUCGCCGUCACAUCGAUUCAACACGUUCAGUUCACAUUGAACCAUUUCUCAGCAAAUGUGUACGUUGGACUCCCAACAGGCAACGACUGGUUCGAGAAGCAAACAAGUGGGACAAUAGAUAUCUCGUGUCCUUCCAUGAUGGACUGGUUCUUCGGUGGUUUACAGUUCCAGUUAGAGCACCAUUUGUUCCCCAGGUUGCCACGGUGCCAUUUGAGGAAGGUUUCCCCUCUGGUGAGGGAACUCUGCAAGAAGCACAAAUUGCCUUACCGGAGUCUGUCUUUCUGGGAGGCGAAUAAAUCGACGAUUAGGACUCUGAGGACUGCCGCCUUGCAAGCUCGAGACUUAACUAACCCUGCCCCAAAGAAUUUGUUGUGGGAAGCUUUUAAUACCCACGGCUGAGUUAAAAUUUUUUUUGGCUUGGCCCCGGCCUAGAUUUACUGCUUUUUAGACCGUCAGAUUUUAAAUUGCUCUGCAUUUCAAUACGGUGUUCAGUUAUUCUAUCUUAAUUUUAUAUGAGUUUUGUUUUUGUUGAUCUCUGAAUGAGCAAAGGGGCAUUUUGUUUUUGGUUAA